UAGCAAAAAUGGUGCGCAUCAGCGUCCUGGGGGACGCGCUGAAGACCAUGUACAAUGCCGAGAAGCGCGGCAAGCGCCAGGUGCUUAUCCGGCCCGCCUCUAAGGUGGUCAUUAAGUUCCUGUCGCUGAUGAUGAAGCACGGCUACAUUGGCGAGUUUGAGUACGUCGACGACCACCGCUCUGGCAAGAUUGUGGUUGAGCUGAACGGCCGGCUCAACAAGUGCGGUGUUAUCUCGCCCCGCUACGACAUCGGCCACAACGAGAUUGAGGCUUGGGUCGCCCGCCUGCUGCCCUCUCGUCAGUUCGGCGUUAUUGUCAUGACCACCUCGGCCGGCAUCAUGGACCACGAGGAGGCGCGUCGGAAGAGGGUCGGUGGCAAGGUGCUGGGCUUCUUCUACUAAACAGCACUUGCUCUGGCGCGUCUGAGCAGCACGCAGGUCGGGGAUGUCAGCCAGGCGGGAGGAGCAUGCUAGCACGUGCGGCAGUCACAUGUUGGCGCGCAGAGCAGCAGCAGCAGCGGCCCUGGCGGCAAUGCUGGUUUCGGCAUGGCCGCUUUUGCGGCGGCAAUACACAGGAGCGGCGGUGGAUUGGGAGCGUCCUAAGCGGCCUGGAGCCUUUCCCCUGCGCCCCCCGGGCAGCGGGCUGUAACGACUGGUAUUUGUG